AUGCGAUCUGCCCAUAGGAGCUCACCCGAGCCAGAAGUCUCCAGCAGGUGCUCGAUCUCAUCAUUUUACACGUCAACAGCGAGCACCUUGUGCAGUGUCUCGCUCAUGAGCUUCUCGCAGAGAUGUGAACUGAUGAAGCCGCCAACGCCGAUCAUGCAAAUAGUAAUAGAUUUUAUUGGAUUCCUGUCCAGAUCUACUCUUCCACUCGCCAUUUUUGAACUUCGCACUAAUUUCUUCGAUAAUACAGAUUGGGUGAUUCUGCUAAUCGUUGGUGGCGUUGUGGGUCUGCUGGUGGCGCUGGAUUAUCUUCUAAAGGCGACGGGCAGGUUGGGUUGA